UAUGAGCUGCUGUUGGCAGAGAGCUGUGGGAGUUCAACUCAACCGUUGGAAUACAUUGUGUCCGUUUUGGGCGCACCAUCCCAUCAGCGGCGCUAACAAGGAAGGAAUUCCUCUAUCUCGGCUCCCACAACAAAGAAGAAAGGGAGAGGAGGCGAGCCCGUGGGAGGAGAGGGGAGGGGAGAGGAGGAGGACAUUGUUUCCCUGUGACUGUGGGCAACCAAAAAAAGCAUGAGUUAUCAGGACAUGUGUGCGCUCGUGUUUAGAAAGUGUGUUUUUUAUGUGAGCAUGUGUGUGUCGAAGGGAGUAUUGAUGUGUUUGUGUGUGCACAGUCCUUAGUUUGGGGAUGUUGGAUCUGGGAGGCUCACUCAAAAGAUGCUCAAACAAAGGUUUUUUUUUUUUUUUUUUUUUUUCUUCCUAUUUGAAUGCUGAAUGGUGACUGGCUGGAUUCCUUUACUCAUGCUGUCGGUCCCGGCUUUAGGGUAAGUGUAGUUCACGUUAAGCGCCAAAAGUCCCAGUGAGGGAAAUAUUGGCAAGGAGGAUGUUUGUGUUUGGACUUGGCUGCUCAAGUGGAAUUGUGACUGAUGGAUUUUCGGUUCUGAAUGAAAAAAAACAAUUGCAUCGUUCCUGCUAAACCAUCGGAGUGUAUUGAUUUGUGUAAUGUAGCUAAAGGAGAUUCUGCAUGCAUGGCCAAGGGCUCUUACCUCACUUAUUACCCCACUAGCCUGUGGGCUGAAGGAUUAUGGGUAACCUCAUAAGCCGGCCCAGCUGCCUAGGCCAAAAGUCUAAGCACGUGAGGUCAGAUGAAGCCUUUCUGAAGGGGUGUUACCAACGGCGAAAAGUGUCGCAGUCUCCUGAUCAACAUGCACAAGAAAAGACCAAGAAAAGUGGGGAGUACAGAGACCAAGAGGCACAAGAACUGGAUCACAAGCGAGAGGAAGGGGCUCAUACACCCAUUUCUGAAAAGCCUCUCCACAGUUCCCCAGCCUCCACAAUCAGGAGUACCAGUACUUUGGAUAAUGCAUGGCAGAGCACCCCUUCCCCGAUAAAAACAUCCCGUAAUGGCACACUUACAAGGAGGACGGUGCCCCCGGAGUUUGCUAGAUCCCCCUUGACUUAUUCUGACAAGACUGCAGCAGAGAAAAGGGCCAGCUUUCAGAUGAGAGAUUCCAGAGAAGGGAGUCCGUGGUCGUGGAAGACUUUGGCAUCAAGGGAAGUAACAGAAGUGACAGAGGUGACGGAAACUGUUGUAACGGAAAUUGUGGAAGUGACGCAGUAUCCAACGGGCGAUAAGGGAGGGGACCCCAUUGUCACAAGAACUGUGAGAGUCCUGAAUGGAGUUGCUGAGGAACUUGCUGAGUUCCAAAGUGAUGGGCACUCAAGCUCAGACCAAGAUUCAUGUCUGGAAAAAUGGAGGGGCACCAAGGCUCCAUUGGCCCUGAGAGACAUAUCAACAGACACCGAGACAUUCCUCCAAAACCUGGAAGCAUUGCUCACAUGGGUGUGUGAGAUAGAGGAGCUGACAGCAAAUCAAAAACCUCCAUCUUCAGAAGUCAAAGUGGUCAAAGCACAGCUUCAGGAACAACGGCUUCUGCAACGCCUCCUGAAAGACAGAUGGAAAAGUAUAGAUACUAUGUUGUGCGAGGGUCCUCGGCUCGUGGAGGCCCACCCAGGGGAGGAGGGGGAGCAGGCAAAGGUCAAGCUCUCUGCUCUCAAACACAAGUGGGAGUCCUUACACCAAGUGGCAGAGCAAAGGAGGGUCAGUCUGGAGUGCAUUUUACCCAGAGCCCAGCACUUCCAAGAAGGUGCAGACAAUCUGCAGCUGUGGCUCAUAUCUGUGGAGCAGGUCCUCGCUGAACUACGUAACGCAGAGCGAGUGAUGCUGCAUCUCUCAGAAGCCACAGAGAGGGCAAAGGCUGUCGCUGAUGAGAUUCAAGUUAAAACUGCUGAGCUCGGAAAACUUCAGAACGCAGGCCAUGAUCUGAUGGAAGUGAUCUCAGAGGACGAGGGUCACCAGGUGCAAGGGAAGUUAGAUGGCCUCCGUAUCCGAUGCUCUGUACUAAAUCUGAGCAGCCUGGAUGUACUUCAAAGGUUGGAACAAGCCCUGAAGGCCUCCAGCCGCUGUACAUCCAGUCAGGAGGACCUUCACCUGUGGCUAGGCCGCAUUGAGAGGGAGCUCCUGGGUUCAGCCGGGGCUCAGACACAUGCCGGAGAUGCAGUGCUGUGUGUCGCUGAAAGACAGAGGCUGGAACAGGCUUUGGUAAAGGAGGUGACUUGGUUCAAAGACACAGCACUAAGACUUGAAAAGCUGAAAACUGUACAUCUGGAUCCACAGCUCAUAUCGGAUCAACUCAAUGAGCAGAAGAUUUUGGCUGUGGAGAUCCUCCAACACAGGUUUAACAUUGAGAAGAUGGUUAAGAUUUCUGAAAUCUUGCAAACAUAUAGUGAUGAAGGCGAGGCACCCAAUCUGCAGACACCAUUAGAUGCCUUACAGGAGCAAUGCUUCACCACCUCAGCCACUAAUUCCCAUGUGGUUCUACAGCUUGAGCAUGCUCUGUCACUACUUGCCCAGUUUUCAGAGGGCCAUGCUGAGGUGUCACCCUGGUUAGAAGAAACAAAAAGCCUCGUCGGGCAACUCUCACUCAGCACAAUUAGCUAUGAAGCAUUCCGCGAAAAACAAGACCUUUUACAGGGUCUGAGGGAGUCUAUAGCAGAGCAUAGACCCUUGAUCUCACGCCUAUGCUCCUUGGCAAAACGCCUGUCAGAGCUUAAUCCAAUUCAAGGAGAGGGAUUUUGUCAUCUGGCUACGGAUGCUGAGGAGCGACACCAAGAAAUCAGAAACCGUGUCAGGGAGAAUGCCAGUAUUCUCGAAGAGUCCUUACCCAGAUUCACUCAGCUGAACGAGAGAAUGAUUCUCCUCAGAGAAAGGCUUGACCGCCUGCGCAGUCGAAUCCAAACUCCGACAUCGCUUCAAGGUUUGACAGCAAGGAUUCAAGAGCAGCUACAAGACAACAAGCACACAUUGGCCGAACUCUCCAAGUUGGAACUCAGCCUCAGCAAUGUCAAGACACAGACGGAUGACUUGCUGGCUAACACACAGGCAACUGGGGACACGUCCAUUGGCACAGUAAUCCAGGAGCAAGUGACCAGCUUUUCCCAGCUGUUGUCUGAGACACAUACUGAGGUUCAAGAGAAGGAAAAGUGGCUGCUGAAACUGCUGGAUCUUUCCAUGAAGUUUUGGAAUGAUAUUGCCAAUGUCACAUCAGCUUUAAAUGAAGCUCAGCAGGCAGUUUUGGAUCUCAAUACAAGUCAGACGGAUACGGAAACAAUUCGCCAGAGCCUGGAGACCAUGCAGUCUGUCAGAGAGGAUAUUGACACUUUACAAGGAGAUCUAGACACUCUUGGUGUUCUUGGAAUGGACCUGAUGUCAGCAUGCGGGGACACAGACAAACCGGAUGUUACAAAGAGUCUGGAUGAACUUUAUUGUGUGUGGAACAUUUUGAACAAACUGUGGAAUGACUGUCACAAGAAGCUGGAGGUGUCAUUGCAGAUGGCCAUACAUUAUCAAGACACUAUGCAGGGACUUUUUGAGUGGCUGAAAUCUGCAGAGCUGAAAUCAACUGAAGAGUUCAUGGUUGGAACUGACCUGGAAUCAGUCAAAGAGCAGCUUAGGGAUCUUAAGGAAUUCAAACGAGAACUUUACCAGAAGAAGAUUGAAAUAGAAAGCCAAAACCAUCGCUUUGUGUGUCGACUGUCUCCUGGCUCAGAACGUCCAUACUCGGUCUCACCACUUUGCGACUUUCGACUGCGUUGGGACAGUCUAGAGUCUGAGACUGUCAACAGACAGCAUCAAUUAGAAUGUGCGUUACUCGGACUGGGUCAGUUCCAGAACGCACUGGAUGAGGUGCAAUCAUGGCUUGCCGGUACUGCUGAACAACUGCAGGGCAAGCAGCCAAUUAGCAUUGACCUGCAGGCUUGUGAAAUAGAGCUGGCCAAACAUAAGGUUUUGCGAAAUGAUGUCCUUUCUCAUGUUCGCACUGUGAAGUCCCUGAACCAGGCAGGCAAGGAGUUGCUGGAGGUUGGGUCUGGAGACUGUGUGCAUGCUUCACAGUCUCGACUGGAGCAACUCAACGAAAGCUGGGAGUUUGUUCUCUGUGAGACGGAACGUUGUCAGCUGGAAUUAGAAAACAGACUCAGUCAGGUGCAAGAUAUUACAUUGGAGAUUCAGGAACUCCUGCAGUGGCUGGACAACACAGAUAUCCGAUUGUCGUCAUCCAUAACCGUGUGGGGUAUGCCGGAGUCUGCCACUGAGAGACUUAAUGCUCAUGUUGAGUUGUGCAAUGAGAUGGAGUCAAAGUGUCAAAUGUACACAGAUAUGAAAAAUGCCAUCUGCAGAAUGCUUGAAGACAGUAAUGUUGUGCGAGGAUCGAGUACAGAGCACAGCCUGUCAAUCCUGGAACAAAGAUGGACUUCUGUGUACAACAAAGUUCAGGAGCGAAAGGAAAAGCUUACAAAAGGCUUGAUUCUGGCCAAGGAAUUCCACAGGAACGUCAAGGACCUUCUCACUAAGAUGACACAGUGUGAUGAGUCUAUCAGGGUCCUACCGACUCCCAGCUUCGUUCUGGAGACAGUUUGUAAUCAACUGCAGGAUCACAGAACACUGUCUGGUGAGGUAAAUGGUUAUGGUGAGAAGAAAACCACGGUGGAGAAUGCAGGCAGCAGACUUGCAGAACUUAGUAGGAAAGAAGACUGCGAUGUUAUCCAUAACCUCAUCAUGACCGUCCAGGAUCGGUACAAAAAACUACAGCAAUGUAUUUCAGACCGAGGCAAGAUGCUGGACCAGGUCAAGAAGAAUGUCAAACAGUUUGAUAAACUCUGGCAUCUCCUGGUGGAGUGGUUGACAGAAGUAGAAGGGACCUUAGACAUACACAAAGAGAUUGCACCAUCACAUGAGGAGAUUAAACAGCAGCUAAUCGAGCAGAAGGAGUUCCAGAAACUCCUGAGAUCCAAAAGACCCAUGUAUGAGGCCGCGCUGAAAAGUGGCCGCAACCUUCAUGAAAGCGCUCAGAGCAGCCAUGACAAACAGCACCUGAAAAACCUGAUGUCUGAACUCAAAGACACCUGGGACACUGUCAGUGGAAAGUCUAUGGAGAGACAACAUAAACUGGAGGAAGCCUUGCUGUUCUCGGGGAGAUUCACUGAUGCUCUACAGGCACUAAAUGACUGGUUGUAUAGAGCUGAGCCCCACUUGGCUGAGGAUGUCCCUGUCAGUGGAGACAAAGACACAGUCAACAAUCUGAUAGACACACACAAGGUAUUCCAAAAGGAGUUGGGGAAGCGAGCCGGGUGCAUCAAGACCCUUAAGCGCUCAGUCAGGGAUUUGACCAGGUGCAGCACAGCUGAUGCACACUGGCUGCAGGAGCAGAUGAAUGAACUGGAGAGCCGCUGGGAGGUGGUUUGCAAACUAUCAGUCAGCAAGCAGGACAGACUGGAGAUUGCACUUGAGCAGGCUGAGAAAUUUGAUGGCCUUGUCCACACUUUCAUGGCACACCUCACUGAGGCAGAGAGGACAUUAAAAUACGGGGUCAUACCGGAUGAGGAAAAGGGUCUGCUUACCUUCCGCAAACAACAUGAGGAGUCAAUGGUUACUUUGCAGGCUCGGGCAGUGGAAUUGGAGAACAUCCGACGUCUAGGUGACGAGAUUCUCUCAUCCUGUCACCCAGACUCUGUUAUUACCCUUAAGUCUUGGAUGGGUGUCGCCAAAACCCGCUAUGAGGAGGUUCUGACAUGGGCCCAGCAGCAGGACCUAAAGAUCCAGACCUGUUUAGCAUCACUGGAGGCAGAGAGAGAGGAAGUCCAGAGGCUGUUGGAGUGGAUCUUCUCAGCACAAGAAGCUGUCAACAUCAGAGAUGAAGAGCCUUUGCCUGAAAACACAGAACAGAACCAAGAACUGAUUGAGCAACACGCUGAAUUCAUGGAGGAGUUAAAUAUAAAGUUCCCAGAGGUUGAAAAUGCAACAAAGUCCUGCAAACAUAAAAUUGUUUCUAAACAGCAGAUUUCUCCCAACAAACGGCCUUUCAUAAAGAGAAGGAGCAUAAUGAAGCUGCAGCCUGCGGCACCAAUCCCCCUGGAGCACCUUGACCCCCAGACACCGCAGCUCAGUCACCUGGUCAGUCAGUGGCAAAAACUUUGGUUCCUGGCUCUGGCGAGACAAAAAUAUUUGGAACAAAACCAGCAAUCACUCAAAGAGAUCGAAGAAUUUGCCAACUUUGACUUCAAUAUUUGGCGAAAACGCUACAUUCAGUGGAUCAGUCAUUUGAAGUCUCGGAUCUUGGACGUGUUCCGCAACAUUGACAGGGAUCAAGAUGGACGCAUCAGUCAGAAAGAACUCAUCGACUAUGUUCUUGCUUCAAAAUUCCCCACCAACUCUUUAGAGAUGAAUGCAGUGGCAAACAUCAUUGACAUCAAUAGUGACGGCUUCAUUGACUACUAUGAGUUUGUGAGUGCGCUGCACCCGAGCAGAGAUCCCUACAGGAAAACUCUGGAUGCGGAUCAAAUCAAUGAAGAGGUGAGCCGUCAAGUGUCUCAGUGUAACUGCCCUAGGAGGUUCCAAGUGGAGCAGAUCAGUGCCAAUAGAUACAGGUUCGGAGAUUCCCAACAGCUGCGGAUGGUUCGAAUCUUGCGGAGCACACUGAUGGUCAGAGUAGGAGGAGGUUGGACUGCUCUAGAUGAGUUCUUGGUGAAGAAUGAUCCCUGCAGAGUAAAAAGUCGGACCAACCUGAAGAUCAAGGAGAAAUACUUAUCUCCAACAAACAGCGCCUCUAAAGGAUUGACUGUCAGCAGGUCUAACUCAAGCCUCAGUCUCUACAGCAGUGCCUCUGCCCCCACCAGCCCCAUGACACGCAAGGCUUUACUCCGCCGAAGCCUCUCAGGUGACCGCUGCAUUCGUCCGAGAAGUUCCAUCGCUGCGCUGGGAUCUGAACUCCUGUUUGUUACGACCGAGGGAGACGACACGUUAUCGCCAUCAGAAGAGGCCGAGAAGCUGCUACCCACAUGAUGGCCUUUGCCUCCGAGGUCUUUGUGUCUUCUAAACCUAAACAGCCCCACGGCCCUGAGACACGGUGAUAAGUAGAAGUACAGUGAUUGAGAGGCCAAAAAAAAAUAAAGCAAAAAAACAAAAGCAGAUCCUGAAAAGCAAGUACUGUUGGGAGUUCAGGAUGCAGAAACAUUUGCACCUUUUGUGAUGUCCAUGUGAAAAUACCGACAUGAGAACUGUCCCUCCUGGUGUGAGUCAUAAUAUUUUGUAUUACCUGUUUCAAUUCACACAGACUUUCAUUGCAUUGAAAAUCGUUUUUUUAUGAAUAAAAAUUUACUGCAUGCUAGCCUGAACCUUGUAAUAUCAUAACGUGCCAACAUCCGUGCACAUAAUGUGUUUCGAAAACACAAUUACCCAAACAUAUUAUGAUACCAGCUGCAUACACUAUGUUCAACUGUGGGAUGUUUUUUGUCAUUUUCCAUAAGCAUGAUGUUGUUGUCAGCGGGCCACACUUUUGUGUCUUUUACUCUUUCUGAUGCUUUUAAGUAAUUGAUCUUAUUUUUUUAUUUUGUUUACAGUCCUGCAAUGUUAGGAUAUUUUAAACACCGAAGAUUGUCUACUGAACAACGCACUGAUUUUUGACAGGUUGUAGAGAUUAUUUUCUCAGGAUUGGUUUUGCAUUUGGAUGUAUUUUUUUAUAUGCUGUGGAAUAUAAACCGUAUACAUUUUCAUUUUUACUCUAGCAAGGUCUUCUUUAGCACUUUUUUUUUCCCAUUUAAAAAGCACUUUCUGUGUCAGAGAAAGACAUUUGACAGUUGUGAAGUACAUGUCGAAAUGCCAAACUGUAAUUCUGUGUACAUAGUUCAUGAAUUUAUACUCAACCACUGCAUAUUUUUCUUUUUCAUAUUCAGUAUCUUGUACCAAAAGUCUCUGUCUUCCAUGCUUUUUUCUAUCUUUCCUUUUACGUUUCUUUGUUUCCAAUAAUUUAGCUUUAGUGCUCUCGUUUGAAUGUGUUAAACAUGUGAGACCACUCUAGCCUGACAUAGUGAGGAUUGCAAAUUGAUAUUCAGCCAAAUUCUUAACUUUUCAAGGCAGCAAACACACUAAAUAUUUGGCUUUUUUCUUUUACUACAGUUUGGACCUGAUCUACAAAGAUCCAAAUAAGACAAGCUGAAUAGCAUGUGGAAACUAUAACAUUGUGUGUACUAUUAGUGGUACACGCAACUUGGUAUAAGUGCAAAAGCGGCGCAGCCUGCCCGAUUUAAAUGAGCUGUUUGCGUGUACAGUGUACGGCGUGGCCGUGCGCAACCUGAGGGUCCCUGGUUCAAUCCCCACAUAGUACCAACCUCGUCACGUCCGUUGUGUCCUGAGCAAGACACUUCACCCUUGCUCCUGAUGGGUGCUGGUUAGUGCCUUGCAUGGCAGCUCCCUCCAUCAGUGUGUGAAUGUGUGUGUGAAUGGGUAAAUGUGGAAGUAGUGUCAAAGCGCUUUGAGUACCUUGAAGGUAGAAAAGCGCUAUACAAGUACAACCAAUUUAUCAUUUAUUAUAGGCUGUUACCAUGGAUACACUCAUUUCCCUUCAUAUUUAUGGAAACAUAUGCUCCAACCAGUAGUGUUUAUCGUCUUGUUGUUGACAUGCAGCACACACAUCUUUAUACCACCUAUUAUGGGCUAUAUGGAAGCACAACCUAGACAAUAUAACCUAUUUUUAGUGCGCUGAAGGUGCACUCUGGAAGGUGCUGUGUUGUUGUGAAGGUGCAACUGGAAUGAUCCAGAUCCAAGACCAUGCCUAUUGCAAGAUGUGUUGUUUUUAUAGGCGAUAUGUCACGAUAAUGUAUCCCCAAUACUGAAAACAACACUACUAAAACAGAUCAAUUACAAACUGUACAUUAGUUUUAAUCAGCAUUCAGCAGCUAUCCAUCCAUCCAUCCAUCUUCUUGGGGCGGCAUAGCUCGGUUGGUAGAGCGGCCGUGCCAGCAACUUGAGGGUUGCAGGUUCGAUUCCCGCUUCCGUCAUCCUAUUCACUGCCGUUGUGUCCUUGGGCAAGACACUUUACCCACCUGCUCCCAGUGCCACCCACACUGCUUUAAAUGUAACUUAGAUAUUGGGUUUCACUAUGUAAAAGCGCUUUGAGUCACUAGAGAAAAGCGCUAUAUAAAUAUAAUUCACUUCACUUCACUUCUUCCGCUUAUCCGAGGUCGGGUCGCGGGGGAAGCAGCCUAAGCAGGGAAGCCCAGACUUCCCUCUCCCAGUCACUUCGUCUAGCUCUUCCCGGGGGAUCCCGAGGCGUUCCCAGGCCAGCCGGGAGACAUAGUCUUCCCAACGUGUCCUGAGUCUUCCCCGUGGCCUCCUACCGGUUGGACGUGCCCUAAACACCUCCCUAGGGAGGCGUUCGGGUGGCAUCCUGACCAGAUGCCCAAACCACCUCAUCUGGCUCCUCUCGAUGCGGAGGACCAGCGGCUUUACUUUGAGUUCCUCCCGGUUGGCAGAGCUUCUCACCCUAUCUCUGAGGUAGAGCCCCGCCACCCGGCGGAAGAAACUCAUUUUGGCCGCUUGUACCCGUGAUCUUAUCCUUUCGGUCAUGACCCAAAGCUCAUGACCAUAAGUGAGGAUGGGAACGUAGAUCGACCGGUAAAUUGAGAGCUUUGCCUUCCGGCUCAGCUCCUUCUUCACCACAACGGAUCGGUACAACGUCCGCAUUACUGAAGACGCCGCACCGAUCCGCCUGUCGAUCUCACGAUCCACUCUUCCCCCACUCGUGAACAAGACUCCUAGGUACUUGAACUCCUCCACUAUAUAAUGAUAUUUUUGAAUCGGGGAUAUGUCAUUAUUUUUUAUUUAUUGUAGUGCAAAUAUGUUGACACACAUGUUUGAUGGAGGAUUAUUUGUCCAUCGCCUUUCCCGCGCAUCUAAUGGGCUGUUUGUGCGUAACUGUGCCGCUUUGCACGUUUUCAAACAUGUUGAAUUAAAAUACAAAACAGCGGACACAGAGCAGUCUUAGACUUGAUAAAUCACAUUGCAAGUGCCAGAUAGUCAUAUAUGUGCAUCGCCUUCCUCUGGUAUUGUGGGCCUUAUAAUAAUCAGCAUACAUUCUUCAUAUACACAAGGACAAACACGCCAAUUUGGAUGGUGCUCUCUAAUUUGUUCAUUUAAGGGAAUUAGUCCUCCGCACACAAGCUUGGUAGAUGAACAUUGUGUGCGCUAUCAGGUUUGUGCAUGUUUUAUUACACACAAACCUUUGGCAAAUCAGGCUCUAAAUUUACAUUAUGUUUAUCACCUACUUUGAGAUUGUCCUUAAUUUGUUCAUUAUAUCAUUAUGUGGUUAACAAAAGAACCCCCAACAUUGUAACUUCUACUAUGCACCCCAACCUUUCUCUACUGUCACUAAUCAUUCUAUGUCUACCUGUACAAGUGAACACAUGUUUUGCUAUGAAAUAAACAUAUUUGUUGUGA